AUGAAACGAAGAAAUAAAAUCAUUGGCAUGAUAUUUGUCCUAUGCGCAGUAUUGUUGGGUUGUGGUCUGGAAACUGCACGGCGAAAAAGUCCCCCAAGCAAACGCGUCUCAAACAAGAGCUCACAACCUGCGGGCUUAGACCAUUCGGUAGGGCAUCAUGGGUGGAAGACAGUAUAUCUUUUCAACGGCCCAGUAUCUACGAGAAUGAUUGGUUCUUCAGAUUGGAAGUCGAGUUCGCAGUCAAAACAGGACGAAGUAAUCCGCAAAAUGCUUCCAUUAGAGCCGGGCCAAUCCAGGGGACGGUUUUUCGUUGACUUAGCUGCGAAUGACUGGCAAUUUUUGUCGAACACGUAUGCCUUGGAAACAUAUGAAGACUGGGAUGGCAUUUGCAUUGAGCCAAACGACGUAUAUUGGAAAAAUCACCAUAAACGAAAAUGUGCUCUUGUUGGUGCAGGCAUCGGCAUUCGGGGUGAAGAAGUAUUCUUCAACUUUCACAAUGGUGGCCGAGGCGGAAUCGUCGGCCCUGGAAUGGAUAAUAAAGACAAAGAUAAGGAUUCAAAGAAGAUCCAUCUGACAGAUCUAAACGACGUUUUCUCAGUUUCGAAAGUGCCAAAAAUAAUUGACUACUUUUCUCUGGAUAUCGAAGGCGCGGAAACUGUAGCUUUCAAAAGUAUACCUUUUCAGACGCACAUCGUGUACAUCUUCACGAUCGAGAGACCCGAUGAAUCGUUGCGCGAUGGGUUGCGCGAUCGUUCGUAUGUAGAAGUGGGCAUACUUGGCACCUUUGGUGACACGAUGUACCUGAGUAAUGCGACACCGAACUUUAGGGAGGUUCUAAAGCGAGGACAAGAAUCUAUCACUAUGAUUUCAAAGCAGAUCUCUAAAAUUUCUGAUGCUGAUAUUGGACCUGUCCGGCGCACAGGAAACUUGAAGAAAGGUGAUCUUGUCAACCACCAGUAUGCGUUCGGAGUGAGAUGCCCAUAUUUUGAACUGGACUCUUGUGGCCAUGAACUCCUUCCAUGGGAUCACCCUUACUGA